AUGCCUGCGACUGAGGAGAACCAAGCGAAAACGUCAUACAAAGACUGGCCGAACGAUGCAGCUUUUGAUGCUUCCUUCACAUCUCCUACCCCGAUCGAACUCAAGGUCGUCGGUACCUUCCCGCCACAACUAGCUGGGACACUGUAUCGAACAGGUCCAGGGUCCUACAAGGUCGACUCAGAGAAGGGGGAAUACGCUCGAAGUCACUGGUUUGACGGAUUCUCUCAGCUACAUAGAUUUCAGAUUGUUCCAGAUGGCUCUGGCAGUUGUCGCGUCUACUACACGUCUAGAAGCCAGGUGGAUGACCUGAUCGAGCGAGCGCGCAAGACCGGUCACCUCGACGGUAUCAUUACCUUCGGGCAAAAGAGGGAUCCUUGCGUGUCGUUUUUUGAGAAAGUCAAAUCGGUUUUCCAACCGAGCAGGCCUGACAGUCGCAUUCCGGGAAUGGCAAACGUGGCGGUCACUGUCAGACCAAAUAUGCCGGGGAUGCCAAAAGGCACAUUGACAAACCUGACGGAUGCGAACCAGAUUCAGUAUUCGGAUAUAAACACGCUGGAGCCAGUAGGGGUCACAAGCCAGGCUUCCCUCCACCCUGAUCUGAAGGCUUGUUUACACCAUUCUGGCAACGGGCCGCUUUCCUGUGCGCACGCGAGAUAUGACCAGGUAACCGGAGAUCUGUACAACUAUAACUUGAAUUUCGGGCUCAGUGGGGGGGCCUAUCGGAUUUUCAAGACCUCUGCAGAUACAGGGAAGACCGAAAUAAUUGCGACCAUACGCGGUCCAGGGGUCAAAGCCGCCUAUAUUCACUCUUUCUUCCUCACGGAAGACUUCAUUAUCCUUUGCGUCUGGCCAUUGUAUUUCACGGGGCAUGGGGCGUCUGUGCUGUGGGGGAGAAAUAUUAUCGAUGCUUUGAAGUUCAACCCACACGCUCAGACCAAGUGGUACGUGGUGGACCGGAAAGGAGGACGGGGGCAGGUCGUAACAUUCCAAAGUCCAGCGUUUUUUAGUUUCCACACGGUGAACGCGUUCCAGGAGGCAAAGAGCGAGAAGGGAACGGUUGAUAUCCUUUGUGACAUUAUCCAGUAUCCCGACGACCGGCUGAUGCGAAACUUAUACUAUGAGAAUGUCCUCUCCACUGGAUCAGGGCGACCACCACAUGAAUCGGCCAGCCCAACGUUCGUUCGCUAUAAGCUCGCGGGAGUGCCUAUGAAGGGGAGAAUUCCCAAGGGAAAGAUUCGCUCUGCGGAGAUCAUCAAGGCCGUCAAGGGAGCAGGAGAGCUCCCUACGCUAAACCCACAUUAUGGGACGAAGAAGCAGCGAUAUACGUAUGGGAUCGUCGACCGGGGAUACUCGUCAUUCGUGGAUGGACUUGGAAAAAUCGACCUGGAGACAAAUGAGAUCACAUAUUGGGGGAAGGAGCCGAAGCCCCAUACACCUGGCGAGGCUAUCUUUGUGUCUGAUGGCACGGAUGAGUCCGAAGAUGCCGGCUAUUUGUUAAGCGUAGUUCUGGAUGGAGAAAAGGGAACUAGUUACUUGAUGUGUCUGAAUGCUAGAGACAUGACGGAGGUCGCAAGAGCUGAAAUUGACCACGCAAUAUCAAUAACCCUCCACGGGACUCAUGUCAGGGAUCCUGUUGGCUGUUGAGUUUGGUCUGCAAAAAAGCGAUAUCAGACGGUUUCUGCUGGUAAAUUCUGGAG